AUGCCAUCGUUUGCUGUUGGUGAUUUCAACAACGAUACUCGACUAGAUAUUGUUGUUGCCAAUUUAGAUAGUAAAGAUGUGAGUGUCCUUCUUGGAUAUGGGAAUGGUUCUUUUGCACAACAAACAAACUAUUCAGUUGGCUCUUCUCCACAAUCUGUAGCUGUUGGUGAUUUCAACAACGACACUCGACUAGAUAUCGUUGUCGCCAAUCAGCUUAGCAGAGAUGUGAGUGUCCUUCUUGGAUAUGGAAAUGGUUCUUUUGCAAAAGAAACAAGAUAUUCAGUUGGCUAUUCUCCACAAUCUGUAGCUGUUGGUGAUUUCAACAAUGACACUCGACUAGAUAUUGUUGUUGCCAAUUUAGAUAGUAAAGAUGUGAGUGUCCUUCUUGGAUAUGGGAAUGGUUCUUUUGCACAACAAACAAACUAUUCAGUUGGCUCUUCUCCACAAUCUGUAGCUGUUGGCGAUUUCAAUAACGAUACUCGACUAGAUAUCGUUAUCACCAAUUUGUAUAGCAGUGAUGUGAGUGUCCUUCUUGGAUAUGGGAAUGGUUCUUUUACAAAACAAACAAGAUAUUCAGUUGGCUCUCAUCCACAAUCUGUAGCUGUUGGUGAUUUUAACAACGACACCCGACUAGAUAUCGUUGUCGCCAAUGAGUUUAGUAAUGAUGUGAGUGUCCUUCUUGGAUAUGGGAAUGGUUCUUUUACAAAACAAACAAGAUAUUCAGUUGGCUCUUCUCCAUAUUCUGUAGCUGUUGGUGAUUUCAACAAUGACACUCGACCAGAUAUUGUUGUCACCAAUUAUAGAAGCAAAGAUGUGAGUGUCCUUCUUGGAUAUGGAAAUAGUUAUUUUGGAAAAGAAACAAGAUAUUCAGUUGGCUCUUAUCCAUCAUCUGUAGCUGUUGGUGAUUUCAACAACGAUACUCGACUAGAUAUCGUUGUCGCCAAUUAUUAUAGCGAUAAUGUGAGUGUCCUGCUGCAAUAUAACAGAGGAGCGAUAGCAAAUAAAAUGGCCUAUGCAUCUGGCGGUGGAUCUAGCCUACAAUGUGUAGUAAUUGGUGAUUUGAAUAACGACACUAAUAUGGAUAUCGUCUUGGCUAAUUACGGCACUAAUAAUAUAGGUAUCCUUUUGGGAUAUGGAAAUGGCAAUUUCGAAAAUCAAAUGAUGCUUAGCACUGGCAUAAAUUCUCAUCCGACUUCGAUUGCUAUUGGUGACUUCAAUGGUGACAGUGUAGUAGACAUCGCUGUGGCUAAUUAUGGUACAAAGCAAGUAGGUAUGAUGCUUGGAUACGGGAACGCAACAUUUACAAGUCAAACAAGUGAAGGAACUAGUUUUGAUUCACGUCCGUUAGCUAUGGCUUCGGGUGAUUUUAAUAAUGACAAACGAUCGGAAAUCGCUAUCAUUUACGACAGAAGUGAUAAUGUGGAUAUCUUUGUUGCAUAUAAUCGUGGUACUUUUGCAAAAGAAACACGAUAUUCAGUUGGCUCUACUCCACGAUCUGUAGCUGUUGGUGAUUUCAACAACGAUACUCGACUAGAUAUCGUUGUCGCCAAUUGGUGGAGCGAUGAUGUGAGUGUCCUUCUUGGAUAUGGGAAUGGCUCUUUUUCAAAAGAAACAAGAUAUUCAACUGGCUUUCGGCCACAAUUUGUAGCUGUUGGUGAUUUCAAUAACGACACUCGACUAGAUAUCGUUGUCGCCAAUUAUGGCGACGAUGAUGUGAGUGUGCUUCUUGGAUAUGGGAAUGGUUCUUUUGCACAACAAACAAACUAUUCAGUUGGCUCUUGGCCAUAUUCUGUAGCUGUUGGUGAUUUCAACAAUGACACUCGACUAGAUAUCGUUGUCGCCAAUUGGGAAAUGAUGCUCAUGACUGGAAAUGGUUCCCGACCACAGUCGUUAGUGAUUAGUGAUUUUAAUAAUGAUGAUCAAAUGGAUAUUGGCGUCGUUAAUUCACGUGAGCAAAAUAUUGGUAUUUUUCUUGGAUAUGGAAAUAUCUCUUUUGCAAAUCAAGUGACAUAUUCACCUGGACUGUAUUCAUCUCCAUGCUCUAUGGCUGUCGGUGAUUUCAACAAUGAUACUCGAAUGGAUAUUGUCUUUGCUAGUUGUGACGCUGACAGUGUUGGUAUUAUUCUUGGAUAUGGGAAUGGCUCUUUUGGAAAUGUGAUGCCGUAUUCAACAGGUUCAAGUUCAUCUCGAUACUCUGUAGCUGUUGGGGACAUUAACAACGAUACUUUAGAAGAUGUUGUCAUCGUGAAUUAUGACCACAACACUUUAGGUGUAUUUCUGGGAUAUGUAUCGAACUCAGCAGUACUUUUUUUAUCAUGUGAACCUGAAACAAGUGAUAUAAAUUUAAUUUCUUAUUUAUUCGUUUAA